AUGUUAUCAUCCCUUGUGAAAGAGCAUCAAGCAAAACAAUCAGCCAAAAGAGUUACACAAGAACAGAAAAGAAAGGAAUGUAUAGCUGCAGCUAAUGAUCUGACACAGGCUUUGGUUGAUCAUUUAAAUGUGGGCGUGGCACAAGCAUACCUCAAUCAAAAAAAGCUUGAUGCAGAAGCCAAAUUAUUACACCAAGGAGCUAUUAAUUUUUCCAAACAAACACAACAGUGGUUAGCUUUGGUGGAAAACUUCAGUAGCGCCCUUAAAGAAAUUGGAGACGUUGAGAAUUGGGCAAGAAGUAUAGAAAAUGAUAUGAAAGUAAUUACAGAUACAUUGGAGCGAGCAUAUGAAACGACCAGAGAUCAAUCUAGCAAUAGUCAAUCUUAA